AUGGGGAAGAAGGGAGCAGAUGAUGCAAAAUCAGUAUUGAUAGCAGAGAUCUGCUCCAUUUUCUCUGCUUCUCUCUCUUCUUGCAAGCACUCUAAAGCACCCAAAAUUCCUUUUGACUGCUACCUUCUUCUUGGGGUUGAUGAGAAAGCAGGAGUCGAUAUCAUCCGAAAGAACUACCUUCGACGUGCUCUGCAGCUCCAUCCCGAUAAGAACAAACACCCAAAAGCCGAAUUCGCUUUUAAGCUUGUCUUAGAGGCAUAUGCAUGCCUCUCAGAUGAGACAAAAAGAAAGACAUUUGAUUUAGAGAGAUGCAAAAGCGCCUGCAAAUAUUGUUUGAAUCAAACCCAACAAUCAAAUCGCACACCCCAUGACUCCCCAACAAAUUUCUUCGCCACCGAGGGUCCAAUUAAUCUCAAUCUGGCUCGUGCUAAGCUAUGGAGAUCCGGCGAGGGUCCACCUCUCUCCAAGAAAGAAUGUAGAGAGAGAGUGAGAAAGAGUCUAGAGAGAGAAGUACAAGUGAUCCAGAAUAGUCUGAGAGCUUAUAGAGUCCCAGGAAGAGAAUCGCCCCUCUUUGACCCUUCGAGGCUCCUAUUCCCUGACUACCCAUACUGUAGAAGUAGUACCAAUAUCAAGAAAGGAAGGCCCCACUUCCUAGAGAGAGAAUUUUGGCACAUGAUUGGCAAAAACAACAGGAAUAGGAGAGAGAAACCUGACUCCCCCAUCUUUGAAGGUGGACCACAAAACAGAUCAAUGGGUCUUAGAACUUCUUGUAAUCCCAAUUCAAGUUGGGAGCAUUUGAAGGGUUCUCAUGUCUUGUAUGACCUCCAAAGCUCUUGCCCACAAGCAUAG